CGCGAACGAGAAGAGUGACCACGCACAAGUCGCGAGAGGAGAGCGCGAUCUUCUCCACCACCACCGCCGGCUGCCGCGAGUGUACCCGCCACGCCGUUUUCCGCACUCGGCGGAGGGCGAUCAGAUCAGUCGAGCUGCGGCAGAGGCGCGACCAACACCGCGAGCACGGUGCGCCCACACACGUGUGUGUCUCUCAAGAGGAGCUGAGGACAAUGAUGGCCUCGAGCGCGGUCAAGCGCGUCACGAUCAAGCGCCAGCUGCAGCAGUUCUCGGUGCAGGACAAGCUGGACGCGAUCCAGCGCGUCAACGAGGGCGAGUCGAAGGCGUCGGUGGCGCGAGACAUCGGUGUCCCGGAGUCAACGCUGCGGGGCUGGUGCAAGAGCGAGGAGAAGCUGCGCAACUCGAACGACAACGAGAACCGCGGCCACAGCCCGACGGCAGUCAGUCUGGCCGCCCUGGCUGACAACAUCACGGCCAACGGCUCGCUCGACCUGGCGGCCAAGCGGCCGCGACUCUGCUCCGAGGCGCCGGCCAAGGAGUCGGACGUGGACAGUGAGGCGCUGUGGUUCUGGUUGCGCCAGCAACAGCAGCACAUGACCGGCCUCAGCGAGCAGCUGCUCGGAGGCCAGCAGGCGGCCAAGACUUCCACGGCUAUAGCGGCGGCCGCCGCCGCGGCCGUGGCCGCCAACUCUACGGUCAUGGCAGAUCUGAAUCCUACGACUGGCUGGUUCUGGCGCUGGUACAAGCGCUACGGUCUCAACAUCCCCGACGCCUUGGCUGCCACUCCAGCCCCAGUGAUGGCGACGCACGUGAGUUCCAUGAGUCGGACACCGAUCCCGGCGCACACCUCCACCUUGCACGCGUUCACGCCUGCCACCCUUCCUGGUCCUGCGCACACCUCCAGCUCCAUCCCCACACACCACCCCGUUAGCCCGACGCCCGAGGCUACCGUCGAUGAGCCCUCGGACGACGAAGACGACGAACCACCGCUGACGGCGGCCGACGCCGUCGCCCACGGUGAAAAGUUCCUGCGCUGGCUGGACUGCUGCUCAGACCCCUCCAUCACAGCCUUGCAGAUCCUGCAGUUCAGGUAUCUCCUGAACAACGUCAGGGCCUGCGCAGCCCGCAGGGCGAAGGCCAACAAGUAAACCGAGAGACAGUCUUUUCCUUUGCUCAACGCAACAGUUUGUUUAGUUUAGUUUUGGAAAAUUACAGCCAAAGGACUGCAAGAAGUUAUUAUUAUUAUUAUAAUUCAACAAGUUAUACUCUUUUAAUUUGUUUGCAAUCACGCGCACCAAACGCAUUCCUCCAAGUCGGAAUCGCAAAUGUUAACAAGUUUUAAUAGGUUAAGAAGUAUCAAAUGCCCGAAGGUUAAGUUUGAGUUGGUCACAAAAAGAUGAGAUAUCUGCUUUUCCUACUGAUGUGUGAUGACGGUCAAAAUUAUUCAGAAAAAUAUUUUUCAUACGAUUAGUGCUCCUAGAUUAGAAUAAGCAUAAAUACUUCUUAAUAAUUGGACAAUACUCGUGUUAAGUUGAUUUUUCGGUCUCUCACUGACUUAUAAACUAUAUUAUGCAAAUGAGCUUUGAGUUUUACGUUCGAGCUGUAAUUUUCUUGCUGUAUUCAAAUCCGAGAAUUAUCUCUGCGUCUUUUAACCAUUCAUUCCUGAUUGCAUUCCAAUGUGUAUGUGAAAAGAAGGGAGACUCACCUGCUUUGUGGGUUCUGGCAUUGGUUGGAAGGCCCCGUGGUCUGAAACGAAGUUUGCGAUUCCCUGCCAGGUGCUUAGCUCGGGGUAGGCCAGGGCUGUGCGCCGAAUGAAGGUGCAAAGAAGCUUCUGCAACAAAAUUUAUAAUUCCAACUGAUCUCAGUGAUGAAAAAAGAGUUCCUUGAUUCAGUUCAUUGCCGAAUUUCCUACUCGGUUAUUCACACAGUGUAAAUAAAGAAGAAAAAAAUAUAAACGAGAGUAUAAUAUGUACAAAAAGAAAUAACUCAAAUGGCCACUUUAAGUGUAAAUAAUUAUCUAGAUGGGAAGUUGCGAUUUGUGUUUCGAUGAGAAUUUGUGAAGA